UCGCCGCCAUUUGGAGUUGGGGUAGUGGGGUCGUUGAGCACGUUAACAGGAAGGCAGUGGAAGCAAGCAACACAAAGCAUUCAUCAGUUCUGGUGGGAGUCCGGGACCAGACGCUGUCUUGGUUCCUAGGGGAUGGAGCCAGUGUGUCGUGCGUGGGUUGGGCAGUCUUCCGAAGAGGAAGAGCCUGAGGCGCCGCGUGCCGAGAGAAUCGUGGUCUCCUGGCUCAGCAGGGCUGAAUGGGAUCAAGUGACGAUUUAUCUGUUCUGUGAUGAUCAGAAACUGCAGCAGUAUGCGCUGAACCGUAUUUCAGUAUGGAGGAGCAGGUUAGGCAACGAACUGCCCCUGGCAGUAGCUUCUACUGCUGACCUGGUACGAUGUAAGCUCCUGGAUGUAACUGGUGGCUUGGGCACUGAUGAACUCAAACUGCUCUAUGGCAUGGCAUUGGUCAGGUUUGUGAAUCUUAUCUCAGAGAGGAAGACAAAAUGUGCUAACCUUCCCCUCAAGUACCUGGCCCAGGAGGUGAACAUCCCAGACUGGAUUGUUGAACUUCGCCACAAGUUGACCCACAAGAAAAUGCCCCAUAUAAAUGACUGCCGCAAAGGUUGCCACUUUGUCCUGAACUGGCUCCAGAAGACCUACUGGAGUUGUCAACUGGAAGACAGCCUGAAAGAAACCUGGGAGUUGGAAGAGGACCAGGCAGAAACAGAAGAACAUCAAGAAGAGGAAGGUGAAACUAUUGUUGAGGAUGUAAUAGAAGAGCAACCAGAGCCUCAGGAUGACAAAAAUGAUGAGUUGGAUGUUGAGGAUGAUGCGAACAACAACGGCAACGAAGAGGUAUCUUCUCAUCCAGAACCGACCCCAAGACAUAAAGAGUUGUAUGAAAAAGCACGAGAAUUGUUAGUAUCAUAUGAAGAAGAACAGUUUACGGUGCUGGAGAAAUAUAGGAAUUUACCUCAGGCUGUUAAGGUAUGGAAUAACCUUUCCCCACGUGUACAGUGUAUCUUGGAAGAACUCAAGGGCAUUGCAUCGGAGAACAGGGAUGCUGUGCUGGAUGCUUUUCUGGAUGAUGGCUUCCUCAUUCCCACUUCUGAGCAGUUGACAGCUUUGCAGAUAGAGUAUGAAGAUGGUCAAACUGAGGUGCAGAAAGGGGAAGUUACUGAACCAAAUUCACACAAAAACAAUGACUUGAAUGAAGUCUUGGUGCCAACGCCAUUCUCUCAGUUCUGGCAGCCCCUGCUCAGGGGCCUGCACACCCAGACCUUCACACAGGCCCUGCUGGAGAGGAUGUUCUCUGAGUUGUCUACCCUGGGGAACACUGGGAUCCGGCCUACCUACAUCCUUAGAUGGACCGUUGAACUGAUCGUGGCCAACACUAAGAUUGGACGUAAUGCUCGGUGGUUGUCUGCGAGCCAGUGGGAAGCAAGAAAGAACUGGGGGCUGUUCAAUUCUUCUGCCUCUCUUGACUGGCCCCAAGUGAUUGAGUCCUGUUUGGGCUCACCAUGCUGGGCCAGCCCACAACUCCUUCAACUAGUCUUCAAAGCCAUGGGACAGGUUUUGCCAGAUGGUGAGCAGGACAAGCUACUGCGGGCCUGUUCCAUUUAUAUUCAGAGUGAAGAACAUGUGACAACAAAGGCAAGCGGAGGCUCUUCUUCCAAUGAGAAAAGUCCAUACACAUUAGACACCUUACAUCAGAACCUACACCAAUCAUGUGCCAAAUGUGAGUCUGAAGAAAAUAUUCAACAGAAGGAGCAAAGCAGCCCUAAGAUUGUCAAGCAAGGGGAGGAAAAGGAGAAGAAGGAGGAGCCGGAGGAGGAGCAGGAAGAGGAUGAGGACGAGGAGAUAAAUGUCUUUCAAGAUCAGAUGGAAGAGGAUAUAGAGGAAAGUGAUGACUUGGAAGAAGAGGAAGAAGGGGAUGAUGAUGAUGAUAAUGAUGAUGACACAAUGGAGAUGGGGGAUUUCUCUUUCUCGCAGGGAUCCAGUAUUUUUGAGAAUACUAGGAUCAUUUCUGAGGCAAAAGAAGCUUUGAAGGGUUCAGCAUGGCAAGUAAGCUCUGAAGAUGUGCGGUGGGGUACAUUCCCUAUAGGCCGAAUACCAGGUCAGACUGAGGAUCCAGACGAGCUUAUGUUGGAGAAUUAUGAUACCAUCUAUCUUUUGGACCAACCUGUACUAGAGCAGCAGCUAGAACCUCCAAAGUCCAAGAGUAGCACUCUAAGCCUAACUUGUAUCAGGAAAAACCCUGACAGCAGCAGUAGCAGCAAAAUGGAGGGCCUUCUGUGGAGCCCAGGACAACUGGAAAGGCUCAAAGCUGGCCUGCAGCUCUUCUGAUGGCUGUCCUGAUGCAAGUGUCCAUGUAAUUCCGACAUAGUCAGAGCCAGUCAAGAAUCCACCCAUGGUACAGACUGGAAAACCUGGGAGACCAUCCAGAUCAGCCAUAUCAAUUCAGCUUUAAACCACAAUGGAAAUGUGAAUGAUUUUCUGUUUUGUUUUGAAAAAUAAUAAACAGAUUUUCGUCAUGGUGUUUGUGAAAUAA